AUGGACAAUGACCACAAAAUACAAAUCCUGGAAGUCUUGAGAGAAUCUUUGAAGAAAUUCCAUCAGCGUAAAGUGCUAAAGUGUGAAGAACCGUGGAGCGGCACUGUUCUUAUAGUGACUUUUGAGCUAAAGUUCCAGAAAGUUGAACAGCAAGGAGUGAAGAAUGAGAACAACUGUCAGUACAACAAGCCCAACAAGCCCAACAAGCCCAACAAGCCCAACAAGCCCAAUGAGCCCAACGAGCCCAACGAGCCCAACGAGCCCAACGAGCCCAACAAGCCCAACAAACGGUGGCCCAGGGCAUUGCACUCUGAUGCCAAUGCAGGCCUCAUGGGAACUAGCAGAGCUCCGGCUGUGUCACAGAACAGUCACCGCCCAAGAUGCCAACGCAUUCAGACUGUAGCCGAGAGGUCUGUCUGCUCCUGGGGAGGGAGCUCUUUCUACCCUCGGCAGAAGCAGCUAGCCUUCCUAAAUACCCCUAGGCAGGAAUUCCAGGGUUGCUUCCCACCUCGGGACCUCCCAGCUGAUACAGGCUUCAGGAGCACUACUAGAUCCCAAGCCCUCGCCUCUGGAACCGGAGCUGCAGGGAGCAAAAAGUCGAACUGCAAGAACACAGUGAGAGAAAUGGGCAUAUGCGUUAAGGCAAGGGAAGCUGGGGGAAGGGCGCACGCGAGAACCGAACAGGCACCGCACCAGGUAUGGGAUUUGGGACUGAUUCAGAUGGUCCACCGAGAUGGUCCACCGUGGCAGACUAUUUGCUUCAUGCUGGCUCUGAAAGGAGCUCUCUACCAGCUGCGGAUAGUUUGAAUCUGAGGACUCUGGAGAGGCAAUAAAUGCCAGAGCCCAGAGAGCAUGAAGGAAAGAACGAGGCUGCUCCUGCUUCCCUCUUGUUGCUCCUAGUUGCUGUUGUGGAAUAAGAAGUUGGAGAGCUGCUGAAAUAAGGAUUGGAUUGGCUCCAAGGAAUCUGAUGACCCUGAUCUGCAGGAAGCAGCUAAGAAAGAAAUGCACUCCCUCUCCUACUAACUGUUUGUCUCUCCUACCUGGUUUUGGGGUAAAGGAAGGGAUUGGUGUGGAGUACAGAAAAAAAUAUAAACACAAA